AUGAGUAUCGAGGGUGAUGACAAGCGGACUCGCACUCGGUCCAAGGGAAUCAGAGUUCCUAUUGAGCUCGUUGGACAAGAGCUGAGCUGCCCCACCCUUGGAUGCAAUGGCUCUGGCCAUAUCAGUGGGAGAUACUCACGACACAGAAGUAUUCUGGGUUGCCCCAUAGCCAGAAAACGCCGCCUGGAGGAAGCAGAGGCAGAGCAGGAGCUAGAGCAGGAAACAGAGCGGCCUGCUUCCAAGAGGAAGUCCCAGCCCCUGAAGCUGACCCUGGAUGAGGGCUUCAGUGCGGAAAGUGACGCCAGCAGCGAGGCCGAGGGUGAGAGAGAAAAGGAUGGCGAGAAAACAGCAGAGACCAAGGAGGAGGACCAGCAGGAGGAGGAUGAGCAGGAGGACAGGGAGGCAGCUGUAGAGGAGAUAGAGGCAAUGACGGAAGACCUCUCCCAGGACGGACAGACAAAUGGACAGGAGGUGGAGAUGCAGAGUUUAAAGGAUGAGGAGGACGGGAAGAGGAAAGAGGAAGACACAUAUCACAAAGAGGAAGACACAUAUCACAAAGAGGAGAACUCAAGCGCAGCUGAUGAAGAGGAAGAGUGUGUGAUCAUCGAGCACGAGCUCAGCUCAGCGCCACCUGCACCCCAGGAGUGUCAGGUACCUUCUCAGAGCGCCAAAGAGGGGGACAACUCUCUCCUCCACGUUGGCGGAGUUUCCGACAACAAUGCUCCAACUGUGGCCAUUCAGCAGGCUGUUGCUAUGGAGAUGGAGCAGGAUGUCACUGUGGCAGCCAAGUGGGGUGAAGAAGUAAAGGACAUGCAGGAGGAGGGCACGAAUAAGGGGGAAGAGGAAGAGGAAGAGGAGGAGGCGGCACAUGGAGUUCAAGUGUUGGAAGAGUCAUCUGUUCUGCAGAAGGAGGCGGCUGAAGUGAAGGGAACGGAGUUGAAGGAGGAGGUGGAGGAUGAGCUAGAAGAGUGCGAAGACAGGAGCAACCACGUGAGCCAGGAAAACCACAAAUAUCAGACUGCGGAUGUACCCCACGAACAGAUAAAUGAUGAAGAUGAGGAGGAUGAGGAGGAAGAGGAGGAAGAGGUGGCAGUGCCAGCACAGCAGAGGCAGGACACUUCAGCUCAUCCAGAGGAGGAUGAGGAGGGAGAUGAAGAGGACCACAGGGACCAUGUUCUGCCCAUUUCUGAUGUGCAAACUGCCAUCCGCACCAUCACCAGCACCGCAGCAGCUCAGGGAACACACAUCCAGACUGAAGACCACAGGGCCGGGCCACUGGAGGACUACAGCUCACACAGGACAAGUCCACUUGAUAACUGUGACUCUCAUAGACCUAGCCCUCUUCACAACUAUAAGGACAGCCCUCCUUUAAGCUACAGCUCCCACAGGGCCAGUCCACUGGAAGACUACUUUCCAAUCCCAAGAGUUGAGAACUAUAAAAUCCACAAAGCCUCGUCUUCAGCCUCUCCCGACGUUAUUGAGGUGGGAUCAGAUAAGUCGGAGGAGAAAGACUACGAUGACAUGGACGGGGAUGACGAACGUGAUGACGAAGACAGCAUGUCACAGCGCUCCACGGUGACAGACGAGUCUGAGAUGUUUGACAUGACCCGAGGAAACCUGGGCUUGCUGGAGCAAGCCAUUGCACUGAAGGCAGAGCAGGUAAAACCAGCUGGGCCCAGAGAGCUGCUCCGUGCCCCAGAUAUACACCACCAGAGAUACUUCACCAUGGAUGACAGGCCCAAGCACCUGGACGUCAUCCGCAAGAGCUACUUCAGCAAAGAGAGCAGUAGGCCAGAGAAGAGGGAGAUCAAGUGUCCCACUCCGGGGUGUGAUGGGACGGGUCAUGUGACCGGCCUUUACCCCCACCACCGCAGCCUGUCAGGCUGUCCGCACAAGGACAGGAUCCCCCCGGAGAUUCUGGCGAUGCAUGAAAAUGUGCUGAAGUGUCCAACUCCUGGUUGCACCGGUCAGGGCCAUGUUAACAGCAACCGUAACACACACCGCAGUCUUUCCGGAUGCCCCAUCGCUGCUGCAGAGAAGCUGUCAAAGAGUCACGAUAAGCUGCCUCUCUCUCAGCCAGGCAGCGAGCACCUGAAAGGAAGUCCCAAUGACAGAGUGUUAAGACCCAUGUGCUUUGUGAAGCAGCUGGAGGUUCCACAGUACGGCAACUACAGGCCCAACAUGGCACCUGCCACGCCUCGUGCUAACCUGGCCAAGGAGCUGGAGAAGUACUCCAAGGUAACCUUCGAUUAUGCAAGCUUCGACGCACAAGUGUUCGGGAACCGCUUGCUGGCUCCAAAGAUGCCCACCAGCGAAACCUCACCCAAAGCCUUCAAAACUAAGCCCUCAUUCCCCAAAUCCUCCUCGCCCACACUCAGUCUCCACGGUUAUGGAAAGAGCUCCGGCUUGGCCUACGACUACUCCCAUGAUGCUGAGGCCGCUCACAUGGCUGCCACUGCCAUCCUCAAUCUGUCCACACGCUGCUGGGAGAAACCCGAGAACCUCAGUACUAAACCCCAGAACAAGGAAUUGGACAUUGCGGUGGAUGAGAAUGGCACCCUGGAUCUGAGUAUGAAGAAGCCUUGUAAACGAGAGGGCAGUCUGUCCGCCACUAGUCCCGGGGUUCGCUCUCCUGACCCUUCUUCCUCCUCCUCUUCUUCCCUGCAUCACGGUGGAAGUAGCGGGAUGACAUCACCGAACCUGCACGGCCACAAGCAGGAGGAGUGGGAGGGACCUCUGGAUUACACCAAGCCCAACCGCCAAAGGGAGGACGAAGGGGACGAGAUGGAGCACACUGGCCACUCAUACGUCUCUUCUGACCAAGAGGACUGCGACAUGAUGCAGGACGGUCUGGAGGAGAGGAAGUACCCGGGAGAGGUCACAACCCCGAGCUUCAAGGUCAAGUUCCAGCCCAAGGAUAGCAAGAAGGAGCUGCUCGCGUGCCCUACACCUGGUUGUGAUGGCAGUGGUCACAUCACUGGAAACUAUGCGUCUCAUCGCAGUCUGUCUGGGUGUCCUCUCGCUGAUAAGAGCCUUCGGUCCCUCAUGGCGGCCCACACCCCUGAACUCAAAUGCCCCACUCUAGGAUGUGACGGCUCAGGUCACAUCACAGGAAACUAUUCCUCCCACAGAAGUAUCUCUGGGUGCCCGCGUGCCAAGAAAAGUGGAAUUAAAACUCCUACCAAGGACAACCAGGAGGACUCCGAGCUUUUAAAAUGCCCCGUGCCGGGUUGCGACAGCCUGGGCCACAUUAGCGGGAAGUACGCCACACACCGCAGCGCCUACGGGUGUCCACUGGCAGCCCGCAGACAGAAGGAGGGUCUCUUGAACGGCACCCCCUUCAAUUGGAAGGCCUUCAAGACAGAGGGUCCGACCUGUCCCACCCCAGGCUGUGAUGGCUCUGGACACGCUAACGGAAGCUUCCUCACACACCGCAGCCUCUCAGGAUGCCCCCGAGCCUUGUUCGCCAAGAAGAAGGCCAAGUUCCCCGGAGACGAGUACCUGACCACCAAGUUCAGAGCCAGUGAUGUUUUGGACAACGAUGAGGACAUCCAGCAACUCAACAAAGAGAUUAACGACCUCAACGAAUCUAACAAUGAAAUGGAGGCUGACAUGGUCAACCUGCAGACUCAGAUCUCCUCCAUGGAGAAGAACCUGAAGAGCAUCGAGCACGAGAACAAGAUGAUUGAGGAGCAGAACGAGGCUCUCUUCAUGGAGCUGUCUGGUCUCAGCCGCGCCCUGAUCCGCAGCCUGGCAAACAUCCGCCUGCCACACAUGCAGGAGCCAAUCACCGAGCAGAACUUCGACAGCUACGUGAGCACCCUGACCGACAUGUACACCAACAAGGACUGCUUCCAGAGCCCCGAGAACAAGGCUCUGCUGGAGAGCAUCAACAAAGCUGUGAAGGGCAUCAAAGUCUGA